GAAGUUGUGUACGGCUCCGCUCCUCACUCCGGAAUGGUGUAGGGGUUAACAUUGUCGCCUCUCAUAUCUCAUCGCGACAGCCCGGGGUUCGAUUCCCCGUUCCGGAAUGUUUUGCCCCCGAGCACCUCACCCAUCUCGUCGUUUGCCAGCCAAGUAGGUAGCUGGUCUAUGCCCCCAUCUUGAGCCCUCUCUAAAUCAGCCCACCUAUCAGUAUCACUUACAUCUUCAUCUAAAGUCAUCUGCUUUUGCACAAUAUCCGGAACGAUGCCGAAUCGAUGCACUACGUCCGGAUGCCCGGGCCGGGUUUGGAGCCCAGCCAAUCAAGUGUUACGUGCGUGUGGGGCCAACCUACUACGUCUACGCUCGAUAGGGCAAAUCUCCCUCUCGCAAGCAACUAUGCCCCUCAUUGCGCCUCAACAGAUUGGAAACAAAAGUUUCGACUACGUCAUCAUCGGCGGAGGGACAUCUGGUCUGACCCUCGCUGCUCGCCUGAGCGAAGAUCCCGCACUUUCCGUGCUCGUUAUCGAAGCGGGGAGCGCGAACCUGGAUGAUCCCGCGCUCUUGUUGCCGUGGAACAUGGGAUCUCAGCUGGGAAAUCCGGAUUACGACUGGGUCUUUUCCACCAAGGGCCAAGAGAGUCUCGGUGGCCGUCCAGUUUCAUUUAACCGCGGCAAAGGACUGGGCGGGAGCUCGGCUAUCAACUUUUAUGCGUUCCAUCUCCCGCACAGGAGCGACGUUGAUGCCUUCGAGAAACUUGGAAACAUCGGUUGGAACUGGGACAUGCUCCGACAGUAUUAUAAGCGGGCCGAGGGAUUCAUCGAGCCAGCGACCAAAACAGAGGAUGUCAGUUUCGAUAUCGGCUCUCAUGGAACUAGUGGACCCGUCCCUGUGACAUAUCCCACCACAAUGCUCGGCAUCGAAGCCCUAUUCUACGAGACGUUGCACAAUCUCGGGCACGAUUUUACUCCUGAACCGUUCUCCGGUGACACUACAGGGACUUGGUUCACACCCGUGAGCGUGGACCCGCGGACUGGGAAACGGGCCUAUGCAGCUAAUGCUUACUAUCAACCGAACGCGGAGCGCACAAACCUUUCCGUUGUCGUCUCAUCGCACGCGACGAAAAUCGCAUCCGAUUCGGCACCUGGCUCCGAGUUCGAGGCAGACCGGGUCGAAUUCUCAAGUGAAGGGACGCUAUAUAGCGUCAGAGUUGAGAAGGAUGUUGUUAUCGCUGCAGGAGCCAUCAUGUCGCCACAGAUUCUCGAGCUCUCUGGCAUCGGAAACCCAAAUAUUAUCGCCGCUGCAGGGCUAGACGUACUCGUCAAUCUGCCGGGUGUCGGGGAGAAUGUCCAAGAGCACUACUAUACAGGCAUCAGCAGAGAGGUUCGCGAUGACAUCGACCACGCUAAAUAUACUACUUUGGACGUUCUCACCGAUCCUGCGACUCUUCAAGCCGAGGUCGAGCAGUAUGAGAGAAACGGCACUGGAAUCCUUGGGUAUUCAGGCUCUUGCAUGGCUUUCACAUCUCUCUCGUCCAUAGACGACUCUGGCACUCUGAAGCACCCAACAUUUGAGACGCAAACGUCCCCGGCUCUGAGAAAACAGUACAAAAUUCAGAUCGAACAACUCGCCCUUGGAAGACCCACCUGCGAGUUCACGUUACUGCCGCGUCUCUUUUCCUUUCCGAAUCCCGCGAAAGCGGGAAAACAGUAUCUCACCUGCGCUGGAAUGUUCAACCACCCCUUUUCGCGCGGCACGAUUCACAUCAAGAACGCCAAUGCGCUCGAACGUCCAGAGAUUGACCCGCGUUUCUUCGAAGAUCUGUUUGACCUCGAUGUCUUUGUCACACAACUCAAAUUCUGCCGUCGGGUGCUGGAGUCAGACCCAUUGAAAGGCAUUCUAGGAGAGGAGAUCAAUCCCGGUCCCGGGGUCGUUACAGAUGACCAGCUGGCCGAAUGGGCAAAAUCCGUCUUCGGAUCCACGUUCCAUACGAUUGGAUCUUGCUCGAUGUUGCCGCGUGAGGAUGGUGGUGUCGUGGACACAAAUCUAAAGGUCGCUGCCCUCAUCCAUCUUUGCUGCAAAAUCUCGAUUGAUGUCUUGAGCCAGGUCUAUGGGACUCGAAAUGUCCGCGUUGUUGAUCUGUCCAUCAUACCACUGCACAUUGGUGCCCAUACCCAAUCCACAGCGUAUGCGAUCGGAGAACUCGCUGCCGAUAUUGUUCUUGGCAAAAUCGUAUUCUAGCACGCAGAAGAGGCACCCUGAAAUAAGCUGGAAAUUUAUUUUUAUUACGGAGGACUCCUCUGUGUUCGAAUAUAUAAUGGAGAAAUUCCACGCGUCCGUGAACACUCACGUGCGACUUGGAUUGUAAUCGAACAGUCACAAAUGACGUGACGUUCAUCUUGCGGUGAUGCAGGAGUGCUCACGUGUGUCCAGCUUCCCAUCGGAUCUCUGCUUCUCCGUCUUCUUCGUCAG